AUGAGUGGUUCAGCAUCUGCAGUCCAUCACCACUCAUCACCACCCGUCUUCUUCAACUCUGCUCGCCGGCUCGCCGCCUACUACCCUCCUUUAUUUCUCCACAUCGCAGCUGAAGAGAUGAUUGAAGAAUUUGGCGAUAAGGUGGAGGGAAAGCACAAGGUCCAUGGUGGUGCUGAAAUUGAUUUGUUUGAUAUCAAGUACUAUGUUAUCAAGUACUAA